AUGGGAUUCUUUGAUCACCUCCAAAGAGGAGGCUUUUCGCUACAGCCGAAGAAACCGCAGAUUCGCCAGGUGGUACAGUCGCGCCCUGCUCCUCCCUCACGACCGUCGCCCCAAGUCGCAAAUAAGCCUUCGUCGCGAAAUCUCUCCGCCGAACCUCGGAAGAAAACUCGAGACUCCGCCAGCCGGUCAGCCUCGGGAGAUAGAGACCUCCCACCAUCGAAGCGGCGACUGACGCCGUUACGGAACCGAAAGCGCCCGACUCCCGAACAGCGGUUGUCCAGUGACGAUGACGAUGAGGGGAGCGACACGGAUACCUCUCUCGAAGUACGCAAACGUGCAAGGACAGGCGACAGCGCAGAGCCGGAUUAUGGGAGACGGCUACGAUCAGUGAAGGCAUUCUCUGGGGAUGACGCUAAGUCGCUUCCCAUUGUACACGCGGCGGAGAUCACGUCUGUGCAGAAACCGGGAAAGUUCAAGCCAGCCUUUGGGAAUGCAGAUCAGACCUCGGAAAUACUCCUGCAGUACCCUAGUGCGACGCCGAAAGAAAGAUACGAAGUGGUGGUUCCCCGCGACAAUGACGAGUUCAAACCCCUCGAUGAUAUUGUCCAGGUUAUCGAAACCAUAACCCAGGAAUACGUACACGAAGACGAGCUGGACGAAUUCAAUAAUGAGUCGACUGGUAUUAAGCGAAGAUUACGGCGCGGCCUCGCACGCGGAGACGAAUCCGAGUUUCGCCAAUCUGUCACGGACUAUAACCAAGCCAUCGAACGUCUACGAGAAAGCGGAAGUAUCGCGAAAAAGCUAGACGCCACUCACCGGCUUAGUUUGCCUCACGUUGAACGAAUCCUGACACAGAUCUAUUCUCGGACGGUGUCACCACGAGUUGAGUCUCUUCGACAAUACGAGAAUGGGUCCGACAAUGUGUAUGGAGAACUUCUUCCUCGAUUUAUCAGCUCUAUCUUCAAAGAAACCGGGCUAAAAUCGAAUCAUGUUUUCGUCGACCUCGGGUCCGGAGUGGGGAAUGUAGUUUUACAGGCAGCUUUGGAAAUAGGAUGCGAGAGCUGGGGUUGCGAAAUGAUGCAAAACGCAUGCGACCUGGCAGAGCUUCAACAGUCAGAGUUCAAGACGAGAUGUCGCCUGUGGGGCAUUGCACCAGGAAAGACGCACCUAGUGCGAGGCGACUUCCUCAAGGAGCAAAGCAUUAUCGAUGUUCUAAAAAGAGCCGAUGUUGUCUUGAUAAACAACCAAGCUUUUACCCCGCAACUCAAUAAUGAAUUGAUCAACCAUUUCUUGGAUAUGAAAGAGGGAUGCCAAAUCGUCUCCCUCAAGUCAUUCGUCCCUGUUGGCCAUAAGAUUCAGUCUCGGAAUCUUAAUUCACCUAUCAACCUUUUGACAGUCAAACAAAGACAUUAUUGGUCUAAUAACGUCAGUUGGACCGAUGUUGGUGGCUCAUAUUUCAUCGCCACGAAAGAUAGUUCUCGGCUUAAGGCGUUCUCGGAUAGUUUGGCAUAA